AUGGUGCUCUAUACGCUCUUAACCAUUUUGAUAUGUAUAGAUGGCACGAGCUCGUCGUCAAAACAAACUACAGCUGAAUCUUACAGCUGGUACAAUGAACCGGCUAAGUGGUCAUCGAAUUCAUCUAAUAGUUUCGUUCAUACUGAUGGAAACACUGGGUUUUGGAGAAAAACCUACUACGGUCUCGAAAGGGACAACGGCCACUUUUAUUAUCGUUCUAUGGACGCUGAACAAUCAUUUACUGCUACGGUAAACCUAGAAGCCGACUACAAAGUACUUUAUGAUCAAGCUGGUCUGAUGAUUCGCAAUGAUGCAUGUUACAGAAGCCCAACUGUAACUUAA